CCCCAAUCUAUUUUCCCCGCAUCUGUUCCCUCUACCUCCUUCACCGUUCACUCCGUCCUCUCUGCUUCUAGUCAUGUCAUUGGCCGAAUUCUCUCCUUGCUCUUACUCGAGAUAUCAAACCCUACCCUCCAAUCUAUCGUCCGCUCCAUUGACUGCUUUCCACGUCCACGCCUUCAAGCGCGGCCAAUCUAAGCUCCAUGUCCGCCGGCCGCUGAACAUCACCUGCUCGGUUGCACCGAGCCAAGUACAGUCACCGGCGACCGCGGUUCCCGUCCGUCCGGCCGAUGCGGCGAAUAAACAGGAGUGUUAUGGCGUUUUUUGCACGACAUACGAUCUCAAAGCGGAAGAGAAGACGAAGACUUGGAAAAGUUUAAUUAGGGUUGUUGUUUCUGGCGCGGCUGGGAUGAUAUCCAACCACCUACUCUUCAAACUAGCAUCAGGGGAAGUAUUUGGGCAAGAUCAGCCUAUUGCUCUAAGAUUAUUGGGUUCUGAGAGAUCAUAUCAGGCUCUUGAAGGUGUUGCCAUGGAGCUGGAAGACUCCUUAUAUCCUUUGUUAAGAGAAGUAAGCAUAGGUGUAAAUCCUUAUGAUGUUUUCGAAGAUGCAGAAUGGGCACUUCUAAUUGGUGCCAAGCCUAGAGGUCCUGGAAUGGAACGUGCCGCCCUAUUAGAUAUUAAUGGACAAAUAUUUGCAGAACAGGGAAAAGCUCUCAAUGCCGUGGCAUCGCGCAGUGUCAAAGUCAUAGUAGUGGGUAACCCAUGCAAUACAAAUGCACUUAUUUGUUUGAAAAAUGCACCAAAUAUACCGGCAAAGAAUUUCCAUGCUCUGACACGGUUGGAUGAAAACAGAGCAAAAUGCCAGCUAGCCCUGAAAGCUGGUGUUUUUUAUGACAAAGUCUCAAAUGUCACCAUUUGGGGAAACCAUUCAACCACCCAGGUGCCAGAUUUUCUUAAUGCAAAAAUUAAUGGUGUACCCGUGAAGAAAGUUAUCAAUGACACUAAGUGGUUAGAACAAGAGUUUACUGAAAGAGUUCAAAAGCGUGGAGGUGUGCUUAUCCAAAAAUGGGGCAGAUCUUCUGCUGCAUCAACUGCUGUCUCAAUUGUUGAUGGCAUAAGAUCCCUUGUUACCCCCACUCCAGAGGGUGAUUGGUUUUCAUCUGGGGUUUACACCAAUGGAAAUCCUUAUGGUAUUGAAGAGGAUAUUGUCUUCAGUAUGCCAUGCAGAUCAAAGGGAGAUGGUGACUAUGAGCUUGUUAAGGAGAUAGUAAUUGAUGAUUUCCUUCGUGAACGUAUAAAGAAGACAGAAGCAGAGUUGAUUGCUGAGAAAAGAUGCGUCGCUCAUCUUACAGGGGAGGGCAAUGCAUUCUGUGAUCUUCCUGGGGACACCAUGCUUCCUGGAGAGCAGUAAAAUUUCGAUGCAGCACUCUUUAUUUGAUCUUAGACCUGGAAAAUCAUUUGCCAAAUAACAAGAAUCGAGUUGGAGAGAUGCCCUCCAUCAAAAUAGUAAGUGUGCUGUACUAUGUUUAUAUAAAAGAAUAAGCAGCUAAAUGGCUUCGCAGUAAAGAAUGUUGGCAUUCAUCCAAAUUUUGUAUCAUAUUAUAUUUGUAAGUGCAAUGUCUUAAGUAUAAUUUAUUCACAGCUUUAAUGGUAUAUAUUACGUAAUUCGUGUCAGACCAA